UGAAUUUUUUCAUUGUUGCAACUAUCACAACCUAAAAUGUCAAGUUCAUAAAACUCAUACAUCAGUCAAAUCAUCUUCAUCAAUAAAUUUCAGUAAUCAUUAUUAAAAUGAACCGAUGUGGAGGAGCUGCGAAUUCACCAGAUGAUAUAGAUGCGUUAUUCGAGCAGGCAUACCAAAAUAUGCAAGGAGAUCAAUCCUAUCAAGCUGAUGUAUCCCUUUCACAAUUUUUGUCACCUGAACCUCCUCCAGUUCCUCGUCAACAAAGACCCACAAGAACUAACCAAUUUUUUAACCAACAAACGGGAGCCCAGUGUAACUUUGUCACUCCUCGACCACCACGCACUCCCCCCCAAUUUUCACCAAACAUGUCGUACGGCAACGUCACCCAGAGCACCAUGAAUUAUUCCGGAAACGAAUCGAUGAUGUCAGGAUUCCAGCCUCUACCCGUAACCCCGGAGCAAUGUCCAAUGCCACCUCCGAAGGGCGCCGCCGCCUCCCGUAAGCCAGGACCCGCGGCACCGCCGCCGAAGGCGCCCAGACCGGGCAACACACCGGAAUCGCCCUUGGAUUGGGGUCCCAACGCCGAUCUGGCUUUGGAGGAGGUCUGCAGGAUAUUCGGAAUGACGCCCAAGGAUUUCGAGGUGAAACCGACGAAAAGUCAAAGGGUGAAGAAGUUUUUAAAGAAGAUGACGCCCGCGUGCCUAACUCCAAUGAGGGCCGCUCCCGAAAGUCCGCAGUCAGAAGAUGAUGAGAUUUAUGAAUUCCAUGAUUAUGAAGUAUCGGUGAGUUUUCUUUUAAUGAGACAUAAUGAGAUAAACUUGGAAUAA